AUGGAGAAUGUCUUUUCGCACAAACAGUUCAUCCUCAAUGGCUUCAAUGAACUUGGAGUUCUGAGGCCCGUCCUCUUCAUCCCAUUCUUCAUAAUGUUGGUUGUGUCACUGUCGGCCAACUCCCUGCUGCUGUAUAUCAUCAUUUCACAGAGAAGCCUCCACUCGCCGAUGUACAUCCUCAUGGCCGGCAUGGCGUGUGUGGACCUGAGCGUCCCACUGGUCAUUGUCCCCAACAUGCUGCUGAGCUUCCUGUUUGACUGGAGGGGAAUCUCUCUGAUUGGCUGCCUGGUUCAGAUGCACUUCAUUCACUUUGUUGGAACUUUUCACUCAACUCUAUUGGUGUGGAUGGCACUGGACCGCUACUUUGCCAUCUGUACACCUCUCUACUAUCAUGAGCGCAUGGUGUUACCACGAUUCCUCAAGUUUAUCAUCACGCUUGUGGUCAGAAAUGUCCUCUUGAUCACACCAUUUGUGGGUCUGGCAGAAUCAUUAUCAUUCUGUACGUCAAAUGUGAUGAACCACUGUUUCUGUGAGCACAUGGCCUUAGUGGAGCUGGCCUGUGGAAGCACUGCAGUGAACAGCCUGGUGGGGCUCUUGGGUGUGUUUCUCAUCCCUGUUGUAGACUUCAUCUUUAUCUCUUCUUCCUAUGUGGUCAUAUUUACCUCUGUGCUGAGGUCAGGUAGGUCUGGGAUCAAAGCACUCCACACCUGUGUCACACACAUUGUGGUAAUGACUGUCAGCCUGAUCUUUGCACUUGUUGCUUUACUGUCUUAUUGGAUCCGAAACAGUCUUCGUCCGGCCAUUCAGGUUUUUUUCAGCACCAUGUACCUGUUGUUCCCAAGCUGUUUCAACCCAAUCAUCUACGGGUGGAAACACAAAGAGGUCAGAGAAAUAUUCUCCAAAUACUGUCUACAGGAGCCUACAGAGGCUUACAGAGGUCCACAUGAGCCUACAGAGGUCUACAGAGGCCUACAGAGGUCUACAGGAGCCUACAGAGGCCUACAGGGGUCUACAGAGGUCCACAUGAGCCUACAGGGGCCUACAGAGGCCUACAGAGGUCUACAUGGGCCUACAGAGGCCUACAGGGGCCUACAGAGGCCUACAGAGGCCUACAGGGGUCUACAGAGGCCUACAGAGGUCUACAUGGGCCUACAGAGGCCUACAGAGGUCUACAUGGGUCUACAGAGGCCUACGGGGGCCUACAGAGGUCUACAGAGGUCUGCAUGA